AGAAUUAUAUAAAAGGAUUAGAGAAAAAUGGGAUUUUUAAUAAUGCUUCAAACCCCAUAGAUGCGAAGCUCCACACACGCUUAGGCCACUCUAGGGUUUCUGUUCCCUCCUCCCUCACUCGCUGUCGCCGAGAUCUAGCUUUUUCAGCUCCCUGAACCAACUGGUUUUGAGGAACUCUCACUUUUUCAGAUAAUCGUAGAAUCUGUGAACUGAUUGCGAUAAUUGUUCUCAUUGGAUAAGACAAGGCAUUUGGGCGCGGAGAGAUUAUAAAUCAAAGUUUCAUCCUUACGAUUAACGAGUUCCAGCUUAACCCGAUAAAUUCAACCCCCCCAAGUUGAGAAAGAAGGUUACUCGCAAAAAUGGAGCAUGAGAAUGAGAACUCCGAUGUUUCACGUGCUGAGGAGAUGAAGAAUCAGGCUAACGAAGCAUUCAAAGCUCACAAAUAUUCUCAUGCUAUUGAUCUGUAUACACAAGCUAUAGAACUUAACAGCAACAGCGCCGUUUAUUGGGCAAACCGUGCCUUUGCUCACACUAAAUUAGAGGAAUAUGGCAGUGCGAUACAAGAUGCAUCAAAGGCCAUUGAAAUCGACCCAAAAUACUCAAAGGGUUAUUACAGGCGAGGUGCUGCAUACCUUGCCAUGGGAAAAUUUAAGGAAGCUUUGAAGGACUUCCAACAGGUCAAAAAGAUUUGUCCCAAUGAUCCUGAUGCCUCGAGAAAGCUGAAGGAAUGUGAGAAACAAGUAAUGAAACUCAAAUUUGAAGAGGCGAUUUCUGUACCUGGAUCUGAAAGGCGCUCAGUAGCUGAUUCCAUUGACUACCACACAAUAGGGAACAACCCCAGAUCAUCAUACAUACCCACCAAAAUGGCUUUAGCAGCAGUCACAGUCGUUGCAGCAGUAGUGAUGGCGAUGGGCUCAACAUUAACCACAACUGUGAUGAGCCUGAUAUUGUUGGUUCUGGUGGUGUUAGGGGCAUUUUGGUGGGCUAGCUGCAGUGGUAAGGUUGAACCACAAUACUCCGGAGCAAGAAUAGAAGGGGAUGAAGUGACCUUGGAUUUUGUUAAAAACAUGAUGGAGGAUUUCAAGAACCAAAAAACAUUGCACAAACGGUAUGCAUACCAAAUUGUCUUACAGAUGAGGCAAAUUUUGUGUGCUCUGCCUUCUCUUGUUGAUAUUAAUGUGCCCGAUGGCAAGCAUUUCACGGUUUGUGGUGAUGUCCAUGGUCAGUUCUACGAUCUCUUAAAUAUAUUUGAGCUCAAUGGUCUUCCUUCUGAAGAGAAUCCAUACCUUUUCAAUGGUGACUUUGUGGAUAGAGGCUCCUUCUCUGUGGAGGUCAUUCUGACAUUGUUUGCUUUCAAGUGCAUGUGUCCGUCAUCCAUAUAUCUAUCCAGAGGGAAUCACGAGAGCAAGAGCAUGAACAAAAUAUAUGGUUUCGAGGGGGAGGUCAAGUCGAAGUUGAGUGAAAAAUUUGUGGAACUCUUUGCAGAAGUUUUCUGUUGCUUGCCAUUGGCUCAUGUAAUAAACGGGAAAGUAUUUGUGGUUCAUGGAGGCCUCUUCAGUGUCGAUGGUGUGAAACUCUCAGACAUCCGAGCAAUUGACCGUUUCUGUGAGCCUCCAGAGGAAGGACUGAUGUGUGAAUUGUUGUGGAGUGAUCCCCAACCUCAGCCUGGAAGAGGUCCAAGCAAAAGGGGAGUCGGUCUUUCAUUUGGUGGAGAUGUAACGAAGAGAUUCUUGCAGGACAACAAUCUAGAAUUGGUCGUCCGAUCACAUGAAGUAAAAGACGAAGGUUAUGAGAUUGAACAUGAUGGUAAACUGAUCACUGUAUUCUCUGCACCAAAUUACUGUGAUCAGAUGGGUAACAAGGGUGCCUUUAUUCGGUUUGAAGCUCCCGACAUGAAGCCAAACAUAGUUACAUUCUCGGCUGUGCCUCACCCGGACGUCAAGCCAAUGGCAUAUGCAAACAACUUUCUCAGGAUGUUCUCCUGAGACCCUUGGGUAAAACCCACCUUGGAAAAUGUCUGGGAACACGUUUGUUCCAGGAGAAGGGGAGACACAAAGGUACAGCAGACAGAUUUGAUCGGUUUUAGUCUUGGGUUUUCUAUUUUUGGCCAUCUUUUGCAUAAGUUCAUCUUCUGAGUUCCCUCUCCUUUAGGAGGGGGAAUAAAAAAAACCUUUUUUUCUUUUUUUGGAAUGUUGUUUCUCCAGUUUUUACCUGGUCAGUUCCAAAAGAGGAAAGAUGACCUUUUCCUUCCCUUUCCAUGAACAAAUGUGAGAUUUACACCAAAGAGUGUCCAAAACCCUCUUUGUAAAAUGGCCUUAAAACUCUCCUUGUUCUGUGAUUUCACAUAUGUUCUUAAUUUCCUAUCAUCUUUCUGCCUUUU